CAGCAAUCCGGGGCACCAAGAACUUCAUAAUGGCCGUCAAAUUUAUUCUCGUUCUAACGGCGCUCUCUGUUGCCUCGAAUGCAGGCUCUACGCAGUUCGGAUAUGCUCCAGACGAACCAAUAGGAUCCCUUCAGGACCUUACAGACCACGCCAAAGAUCAGAUACAGCAAUUGGCGACCAACUUCAAGCGCAUGGAAACAAAGGCUGAGGGCGAUGGAAACCAGCUGCUGCAGAACCUGAACAUCCAAAGCAACGAUCCGGAAGGUCUUCUGGCUCUGGUAACUGAAUCUAGGCUUGCCAUUGAUGCAAUUAAACCUGCAGACAUCGACGUCUCCUCCUGCGAGGAGGGAAACAACCAGAAGUACCAGGCCAUGAUCCGGGAAGCUGGGCCAGGCAUCCAGAACUGUCUUCAGAAUGCCUCCGUUGCGCUGCAACCAUAUUACCAGGCCUUGCAGCAGAUGCUUCGCGUGGCCCAGGAUCGCUCUAAGAUCGCACUCGGCAACGUGACCACCUGUGCCAACCAGUACAAGGCAGUGAAAACCCUGUCUGCUUGUCUGAACGUUGUUGGUGCCCAGGUUUUUGAAGGGAGAGACAUAUUGAUGGCUGCCAUUUUGGGUCAGAUGGCUGACUUCAAAGACAGCAGCCCCAAACUCAUUGCGGACUUCGCUACUUGUACAAAUAACGUGCAGGACAAGGCCAUCAGUGAGUCUGUUUCCAUCAUCCAGGCCUCCAGAGAGUGCAUACGUGCUAAGAUUAAGAGCGCUGAAUCAGUUACUUCAGCUUAAUUUGCUGACAAGUCCCUGACUGGUCGGCAUCUCAUGAACUCGAACUGAGAUAAAGAAAAUUACAGUUA